AUCAAUUUUGAUAAUAAUUCAUGUAUUGGGGUUUUGAUAAAAAGUCAACUCAGUGUGUCAGCAAUGUGAUUUAUGACAUUAAAAUUGAGCGCAGACAUUUGUUGCAGGUCAAUGCAGGCCAUUUAUUUUUUUAGUAAUCAGCCUUUCGUGUCAUUUAUGAUCUUUGAAAUACAUCACCGAUAUUAAUUUAAGGAUUUGUUUAUGAUUUAGAGCCGAGAAAACAAAUCAACCUUAACAUAAUCUUCCAUAUCUUUACAAGUGUCUUAGAAAUUGAGGUUCAUUUGAUCCAGAAUCCAAUUGAACAUGUUCAUUCCACCGAAUCAACUAUCAAGUAAAACAAUGAUAGGCGUAAAUAUGAAUUACUUAAGUAUUGGUAAGAAUAUAUCUCAACAGAGAUUUUGAGUAAAAACACGGAAAUUGAGAAUAGUAUGCAAAAUUCCAACUGUGAUCAUAGUUCUCAAUUCAGUGAAGCAAAAAAGACAGUUAGACAGUAUAUAAAGCAAAAUUUUGAGGAUAUCGCCAUCAGUUGAAUCCAUCUUCAAGCUGAAGAUUCGAAUAGUGCUGAAUUUGUUUAAAACAGUUUUAAAUUAUAUAAGUUGAAAUAAUUUUCCGUCGUUUACUUGUCCAGUCUAUUGAAAAUGAUUUCAAUUUUAGUAUCUUAUUUGUGUUUCUUGUCCUCAGGAUUGCUUACAGAUGCAGUGAUUACUAAUUCAUCAACUCCAAUCUCCAGAGGAAGACAAAUGGAUGAUCUACAUGAGCCGACAACAGCACUCAACCGCCAAUGGCCAGAAGCAUCUUACUUGGUACCCAAUUUCGGAAUGUCUACCCUACUUCCAAUCGCUAUUCUUAUAGGAAUCGGAGUUAUCCUGUUAAAAUUGUUCAUCUUGAGUCUUUGGAUUUUCGGACGGUCAGGAACUUCCAUGGGUGGUUUUGGACUACCAGUUACUCCUUACAGUUCAGCAUAUCCAGGAUAUCAUUCAUUGGCAUCAGCUUAUUCAAAUGGAUGGCGUGGGGAUGGUUCUGGUGCAGCGGCUCGAUCAAUGAUGGACAGAAAUGGACUACCAGUGUCCCCAAUAAUUGGAAACAAACUGCUCUCGUUGGUAGCCAAAGUAACAGAGGCAAUCGAAGGUGUUGAUAAACGAUAUAACAAAAGCUCCAAAUAGUUGGAAUGACUUUCUAUUAUACAUAUUAUAUAUAAACUGCUCCA